GAAUACUUCUACUCGGGUGCAAACUUGCGGCACUUUUUGAUGCCUCAGCAAAACGUCAAGCAAGCAGUCGACAUGACUAUUGCGUCGAUCGUUUCGGCACGGCCAGAUAUCUCGAAUAUCAGCACGUAGCUACGUCGUCGCAUCAAGUUGACACGAUUGGAAUGGCAGGAAACCAGCCAACGGACCCAGUCACGGAUUCGAAUUUCGAUGGGACCAUGCUGAACAAAUACAUGAAAUUUGACCAGCGGAUUUAUGCGACCACGUCGGAGUACCCGCCAAGCGAAUUCCAAGCCAAAUGGUUGACGAGCGACAGCCUUGGAGACGGCGCGUUGAAGGGCAUCGCGUUUGAGAAUUACGUGCACAACCUUGCCCUGCAACACAACAAGAUCGACCUGAAAGUGCUCGAGUACCAGCCCAAGCCCACGGCGGGUGUCGCCAGUGUGUACGCUGACGAGACGUUUGAGGCCAAGGCGCCGGAGACCAGUGGCAAGAACACUGUCGAGUGCGAUGCAGCCAUGGUCGGUAUGGCGAGUUCGCCCGUGGACUACUGGUGUCCGUACACUUGCAGUUUGCCGACCAUCGACUGUGUUGCCAAACUGACCAUUGGUGGGCACGAAUGGGUGGCUUUGAUCCAGAUCACCACACGUAACACCGACAACAUCGAUGUGGAGGCGCUGGAAGGGUAUGCGUCGCACUUUCCGGAAUGGAAAUGCUGCUACAUUGCAUUGGUGCCAGACAAGGAGACGUGCGAUGGGUUUCGACUUUCUCCAGUCGAACCUCACGCCCGUGUGCCGCUCAAGGUGGCAUACAUGCCAGCCUGGAGCGCCUUUGUAGCCACAAAGAUAUAA